AUGAGCCGAUAUGCUUCUUUGGCACGCUUAAAGCACUACUUUGCCGUGGACAACUCUUAUGUCGCCCGAAAACUUAUGCUUCUACUUUUCCCUUAUGCUCAUUCGUCAUGGGCUCUUUCCUACGAUCAUUCUGGACCUGUGCCUCCGAGAAGCGAUAUAAAUGCUCUUGACCUUUAUAUUCCCAGUAUGGCGUUUGUCACAUACCUUUUAAUGUCUGGAAUUGUAUUCGGCAUGCAAAAUCGUUUCUCACCUGAAUACCUUGGCCUCGCAUCCAGUCAAGCUUUGGCCUGGAUCGUCGUCGAAAUACUUUUGCUUUAUUUUAUGCUAUACUUAUUCAGAAUACAAAUCAGCCUCACAUACUUGGACCUGAUUGCCUACUCAGGAUAUAAAUUUGUUGGGUAA